CCUACGUGCUCGCCGGAUAGAGCGCAUGAAUAAAACGCACCUGUCUUCGUAUUUCUGACCGUCUAAUGUGGAAUAGUCCUAGCACGUUAUUUUGUUGUGUAAAAUUGUGUUAAUUUUGAAGCGAAAAGAGUCGCAGAGAGCAAGAACUAAAUUAUACUUGGAUCAAGUAAUAUUUUUGUUGUAUUUUUUUUGCAAACCUAAUACAAAAGUGCAAGUGUUUUGGUUCAAAUGUGUCGUGUGCUAACAACAGAAGUGGUUCCCAAUUCGCGACAGUUCCUGGUAUCUUGAAUGGUAGGCACAACACACUGCUGCACAUGUAAUUCAAAUGGUAAAGAGAAAAGUUAAGGAUUUGCACAGCUAUCGACAAGAUUCAGUGCCAGAAAGCAGCUGAGUUUUUUCGGAACUAUGAUGAAGGUUUCUGAUUUCUCUCGAGCACAUUCCGUAAGUCACGUCGCCCCGUGCAAAGGAUGAGGCUUUCCAAAGGAUAUAGGACAUUAUCACCAGCAUCGAACGCUGCCCAGACGCUGCCACUCUCCUACAACUCACAAACUAGUCUGAGCCUCCUUCGGCUGCUCGCGAUUGUCUCGUUGAUUGGAGUUGGAUCGCAAGUUCAUGUUCUAUGCACGGAAUCCGUCGAACAAAAAGCAACCUCGGGCAGUACACAUCCCGGAAUCAGCGAGAACCGUACUUUACCUUUUGAUGACUAUAAUAAAACUAAGACGACGCUAUCAACUGCUGGUUACCUGACAGCCACGAGGGCAACCCUAUACUCGUUUUCGUCGCAGGACCAAGACCAGUCCCAAAUGCCAAUAGAAGCGUCGAACUCGAACUCGAACUCGUCCCUCAGUGCAUUCCCAACGAAAAGGAGCCGUGACAAGACACCCAUGGAAAUACCAGUGGGCAUUGAGAUUAGCAGUAGCCCUCCAAUCAAAAAACUAGUUGACAUUAUUGGGCGCGUGGGGAGCACUGAUCAGCUUCCGACAGUGACCAUGCCCACCACGGCAUUCGCAUCCCCGAAGGUCGACCGCAGUACCGUAAAGCAGUCCAUAGACUCCACGCGCACGAGAAAUCAUUGGACAGCGAGUGGAUUCUACCGUGUUACAGAACGACCGCGGAGCAAGCACCACCACGAGCACCACUGGGGACCCUUCUUCGAGGAGCCCCUCAACUCGGCCACCUCGGGCGACAACCUCGUGUCCGCAGUGCAUUUGUUCACGGAAGCAGUGCUCAACUGCCGAGUUGGUAUGCUCAAGGACAAGACAGUCAUGUGGGUCAGACGAACGGCGGAAAAGGUGUCCCUUCUGACUGUUGGUAACGUCACCUACAGUGGAGACCCGAGGAUUCGGGUGAAGUUCCAGUACCCGAAUAAUUGGCGGUUACUCAUCAAUCCAACACAGACUGAAGAUGCCGGAGUUUACAUGUGCCAGGUUUCCACCCAUCCACCCCGAGUAUUCACUACAAAUCUCACUAUCUUGGAACCCCCCCUAAGAAUAAUUGAUGAGCACGAGAGGGAUGUAGGGGACCGCUAUUAUAAGUCAGGAAGCACCGUCGAUCUCCAAUGCCAAAUAUCACGCAGCUUUUUCCAGAAAGAACGCCAUUCCAUUCUGAAGUCAACCGAUUCUGUUGAUGCUGUACAAAAACCAUUUAAUGAUACGACCAGUGAGCUUAAUUUAUUCGGGAACACAAGUCAGACCCAAGUUAAAUUCUCUGGACAGGAUCUGGAAAAAUACUUUACCAAGUUUAUAACCUGGGCAAAAGACGAAGAACCACUCCAAGGAAUGACCAAUAAGCGCUUAAGUGUUUCCGAUGUAUGGCUUACCAGCCGUAUUUCCAUUGGCGAUGCAAAACUCUCGGAUAGUGGAAACUAUUCCUGUUCUCUCGGCAGACUGUUUACCGUGAUUGUCCAAGUACAAGUGCUCACAGGGGAACUACCCGCGGCUGUCCAGCACAAUCUAGCAUCAAGGCCCGAAGUAUGUUAUCUUGUGCCGUUGGGACUUCUCCUUGGACUCCUUUUCGUACUCAAUUUCCUGGAAACAGAAAGUCGAGAAUUCUGAGGCAUUUACUGUGGUCGGCAUCAGAAACUGAAGCCAUUCGAUUUUCACAAACAAUUAACCAAUAAUAUUAAGGAUAAAAGAGAUUGGCUGGUUCUAAACAAAUGUUUUAGUUCUAAAAUUGAGAAUCAGAGGAUGAUUUCAUUACAUAUUUAUGUUAUAGUGCCUAUGGUGUAUAAGUAAUGAAGACUUAAACUUUUUUUUAAAAAAAUAUUCUUGAAAAUCAAAUGGAAAAUCAUUACUUGCUAAAUAUAAAGCUAAAGUCCGGAAACAAUAAUAUUCCAGAUUAUUACGAAAAACCCACAGCUUAAAUUAUUUCAAAUUGAUUUAUUAAUGAUGUUGACAACUCGUAAGUUUUUUAUGAUACCUCUUAAAGAGUUUAGAAAAAAAAUGUUUAUGUUAACUUUC